UUCAAUAUUACAACAGGUAUUAGUCACAACAGUAGAAGUCUCUUUUGCGCAAGGAGAAACUGCAUUAUUGGAUUCUGAUGAUAAGUCAGUUCUUUGAAUAGAAUUAGUGGACUUUAAGUCUUUGUUUUCUUGAUCGGAGCAAGAUUUAUUUGAUUUUAUUAAAAUAACAGGCUUAUUUAGAGUUACAAUACUUCUAAUUUUUGGUUUAUUUGUAUCGACAAAAUUCUUUUGAUUAACUGAAUGUUUCAAUUCCUGUGUGUUUGAUUCAUCGACAUCAAUUUGGCAAAACCUAACUUUUGGUCUGACAAAAAAUUUCGUAUUCGCAGACAUAGCGAAAGAUAUGAUCAAAUUUAAAAAGUAGGAGACGCCUCAACACUACUACUUGAAAAUUUGACAAUGUUUACCGAAAUUUCGUCAACAUAACCUUCGGAGAACCUACGUACAUAGACUCAAGAUCUGACACAUCACAGUGACGUGAAUAUGACACAAGAAAGGCACGAAGGUCUUAAGGUACCCUCCGUGGUGUAGAUAAAAAAUUUCAUAACAUGUGACAUCUGUACUACAUAUCUUAAGUCUAUGUUUUAAGUUAGUCAAUGAAAGGACAAUCUUUACUUGCCGCGUGCUUCAGUGGGACUACAAUUGUUUAACUUUCAUUUCAUUGUGAUUAGUGCUGUUUGGCAACGAUUAGUGGUAUUUAUGACGGAAAAUGUAUCACGCGAGAUCAUGGAACCGUUCGAAAAUUCUGACUGUGUGCCCUUGGAAAAAUUAAAGUUAAAAGUUAAGACCGAUGGUGUUACCGAAUAUGUUGAUGCUCUGAGUAAUAAAUGGGCAGAUGAUCGUUACUUUUUGAACUAUGAAGCUCCUGACAUUUAUAAUAAAGAUGGAUCAGAAAUUAUUGGAGCAAAGGAACGUUGGACUAAAAUUGUUCAUUACAUGAUUAAUGAUUUAAAAUGGUUACUCAGUCUUCCAUUUUUUAGAUUUUGGUCAAACAUUAUACACAAUACUUCGAUACUAGAUUCAUUGGUAUCUUUACUACAAGAAGCGCCACCAUUUUAUGCCUUAGAAGAUUUUCCAAAUUGUCCAGAAAUGUUGGAACUUCUAGAGACAGUCCGGUACUAUGUACUUGUGGUUUUCACGCGUCUUGUUACAAACAAAGAGAGCCCUACGGAGUACAUAAGCCGUCCAUUUCUUGGGAAUUUACUUUAUGAAAAGUACAUAUUUACAGUACCCAUUAUUUUUGAUCUCUGCCAACUUUAUGGCAGAGAAAAUGAAAAAGUAACAAAGAAAAUUUUACAGUGUUUAUUUGAAUUAGAACCAAAAUACAAUAGUGAUUUACAAAAAGCAGUUCCUUGUCUUAUGCAGGCUCUUGAAAAUGUUGAAAACAAGUUUGGUUGUUCCACUGUUCAUGAUACCAGUGAAGCACUUUCACUGUCCGCACAAAACAGAGGCCCUAAGAAUCUUACACUACUUAAUUUAGAAGAUAUGGUACUGUAUGUAUUAGAUAUAUUUUCAACAACCUCUGUGUUCUUAAAAAAUUAUUCUCCUGCUGUGAGCAUAUUUCACAGAGAGGAUUUUAUGAGCAAAAUUGUUUCCAUAUAUGAGAGCACAAUACCUGAGAUGUAUAAGAAUUUAGAUAAAUUAGGAUACAAUGAUGAAAAUAUACCAAAGUAUAUAAAAUUGAAACAUCUAUUGGAUGUAACAAGGAUUGAGAUGUUAAACCUGUUUAGAAUGAUUUUAUAUAAUCCAGUACAAAUCAUACAAGACAAUUUAAAUACAAUAUCAGAAGCAGAUGUAAAAGAACAAGUGGAAGAAUAUUUUACUUUUUUAACAUAUGCUAUUUCUGAGAAAGAAUUCAUUACAGAUUAUGAUCAGUUUUAUCCAGUUGAAUCAGACCUGAAAGUACUAUCUACUAUUUAUCCUGAAUUAGAUGUCAUAAAAUGUGAUUUCAUUUUACAAUCAAUAAGAGUAACUAUUGGAAAACCCAAUACUUCGACUACUUCAUCUCUGUUCAAUCACACAAACGAAGCUGUAGCUGGACCUAGCGGCAUCCAAAAUAGAUCAGUAGCACCCACGACGAAUGCAAAUACUUCGAAUAAAAAAAAAUUUGUCAGCAAGAACUCUGUUGAGUUAGUAUCCCUCAUUUCUGAAGUAAAGGAUAUCUUAUAUGACUUAGAUGAACGUUUUAUUGAGAUGUGUUUGGAAUAUUACAAUUUUGAUACUGCAUCUGUAAUAAACGCUGUAUUAGAAGACAAUUUACCAUCCAAAUUGAAAGAAUUUAAAGACAUUUGUCCUGGAGUAAACGAUGUACCACCUGAUUAUAGGGAGGCGCCAUUUAAUGACUAUGUAGUUUCUGGUAUCGAAAAUCUCAGUUUGUUCAGUGACGAUGAUGAUAAUGUUCCUGUUAAAACGCGUGAAGAAAUUGAGGUGCCUAAGGAUUACAUACUUAAAAAUUACAGCCUUGUCGCGGACGAUUACGAUUAUGAGGAUGAAUAUGAUGACACGUACGACAAUUUCGACGUACGAGGCGCAGAAAAUGAUGCUGAUAUUAAUUCCAAGCCUUUUACUACACCCAGAGUACUUCUAGAAAAACAAAAGGUUGAACCUGUGGAUGAAACUGAUUCAGAAGAAGAUGAUACAGAAGCUGAACAAAACGGCAGAGACCAUUUUAUACAGAAUCCGGCUGAGUUACGCGCAAAAGCUGAAGAGCGAAGACAAGCCAUGCGUGGCGGGAAAGCUCCAACUAAUGUGACUGGUAAACCGAAAGGUCAAGGGCAAGAGAAGGAUGUCUUGCAUAAUAGACAACACAAGAACGUCCAUAAAGCAUCACGUGCUAAUCACAAUCGUCGUUCCGGCGCCCAAUGGAAAAGAAAUCGUGGAAUGAUUCCAUCUUAAAUGUACCUAUACUUUUACAAUAACAAUGUAAAUACUGCCAUGUGAUAAAUAUAUUCGUACCUACGCCAAUUUUAUAGUAUUCGGUCCCGUCGAUAUACAAUGUAUUAUUUCA